UUGGCGCAUCCACCAACUUUUGGGACCAUUACGAAAUGAGAUGAAAGAGGAAAUAAAGUGUGUUUGUGGCCUAAGAAUAAGAAGCUGGACUAAUUCCAAAUUUGCAAUAAUAGUGAAUCUUUUUAGGGUUUUUCGAAUAUUUGCAACUGCUCUAAAAAUCCUCACUAGUAUUCUUCUAGCUGUUCUAGCUGUUCUUAUCAUUUCGUUGACCUCUGCUGAAACUUCAUCAUCUCUGUCUUUGCACACACAAAACUCUGAAUCUUUCCAACCUGUGUAUAUAUAUAUUUUUUUGGUUCUCAAUGUUUUUCACAAGAUUUGAUAACCCUUUGAGCUUCAGGGAUAUAUAUUAGUCAGUAGUUUUCUCCUUUAAAAGAGCACAAGAGAAGCAUUUCUGAGAAGCAUUGACAAUUUCUAACAUGGUGAGAGGGAAGAUUCAGAUGAAAAGAAUUGAGAAAGAAGAAAGCCGUCAAGUGACUUUUUCAAAGCGUAAAAAUGGGCUUCUAAAGAAAGCUCACGAGUUAUCUGUUCUUUGUGAAGCACAAAUUGCUGUGAUAAUCUUCUCACAAAAAGGCAGACUCUAUGAAUUCUCAAGUUCAGACAUGAAAAAGAUUUUGGAACGAUACCGUGAAUAUGUCAAAGAUGUUCCCGCUAAUAAGUUCGAAGAGGACUUUAUCCAGAAACUCGUGUUUGAGUCAUCCAGCAUGGCAAAGAAGAUAGAGCUUCUUGAACAUUCUCAAAGGAUGCUACUGGGACAUGGCUUGAAUUCUUGUUCUCUUGAUGAACUCCAAGGAAUUGAGGACCAGCUGGAUAGAAGUUUGCAAAAGAUCAGGCAAAGAAAGGGUCAGCUUUUUAGGGAGCACAUUGAACAACUACAAAACAAGGAGAGAGACAUACUCGGAGAGAAUGCUAAAUUAAGUGAAAUGUGUGGUGAAAAAUCAUGGCGGCAGCAAUGGGUUAAACCCACAGAAGCAGCACCCCACAGUCCAAGUAGCCACAGUUCACAUGUAGUGGAUACUGAAUUGUUUAUUGGCUUGCCAGAACAGCGAUGUUGAUAUAUAUCUAUAUAUAUACAUAUAUAAGGCAAUGGAAGUUAUUUGGCUCUGGCAUAGAUGACUGAGACACUUAUCUUUUGAUUAUCUCAAGAAGUUACAGCUCCAUUUAUUUUCUGUUCUGAAUGAUUUUGAUUUUCAUUGUAGUACUUGUGAAUUGGCUAAAAGUCAUUGCAUUCCUUAUUUU